AUAUAAAGGAUCUGAAAAAAAACAAAAGGAAUUUUUAAAAUAUUUGAAAUUAUCAGCCGAUCAAGGAAAUGAGAAAGCAGAGUAUCAUUUAGGUAAAUUAUAUUUAAAGGGAAGUAUUGUAGAAGCUGAUCAAGAAAUUGGAUUAAGUUAUUUAAUGCUGGCAGCUUUGAAUGACCAUGUAAAAGCUCGAGAAUUUUUAAAUAGAAAAAACAUUGAUAUUUAA